AUGGCUGAUAAGGACUUCAAUGUCGACACCGUCGAGCACCUCGGCAAGACCGAGACGACCGAGUCAGACCGACAGAUCAAUGAGCGGAUUGAACAAUUCACGCCUGAGGAGCAAAAGAAGAUCAUUCGUCGCAUUGAUCGCCGACUAGUCCUCACUCUCGGCUUCCUGUACUGUGUCAGUCUCAUGGACAGGACGAAUCUCGGCAUCGCAUCGGUCGCAGGAAUGGGCGUCGAUCUCGUCCUUAUCGGCGAGCGCUACAACAUUAUCGUGCUGCUUUUCUUCAUCACCUACGUCCUGCUGCAACCUCCUGCAACCGUCAUUCUGAGGAAGAUCGGACCCAGGAUCUUUCUGCCUACGAUUACUCUCCUUUGGGGCAUCACCAUGAUCUGUUUCGGAUUCGUCAAGAACUGGACUGAUAUGCUUGGCCUACGACUGGUGUUGGGAAUUUUUGAAGCUGGUUUCUUCCCCGGUUGUGCCUACCUUCUGAGCUGCUGGUAUCCUCGCUACGAGCUCCAGAAACGCAACGCCGUCUUCUAUUUGAUUGGCUCCAUGGCGUCUGCCUUCGCAGGUAUUCUCGCCUAUGGCCUAAGCCAACUGAAGAAUCAUGCUGGCAUUUUGCCUGGCAUUGCUGGAUGGAGAUGGAUCUUCAUCCUUGAGGGCGUUCUGACCUGUAUCCUGGCGCUUGGUGCUUACUUCAUCAUUGUCGACUUCCCCGAGAAGGCUGUCAAUACCUUCGGACUGAAGUUUUUGAAUCAACGCGAAGCAGAAUUCGUUUGUGCCAGGAUUGAGAAGGACCGUCACGACGUUAUUCCCGAAGAAUUCAGCGUGAAGAAGUACCUGAGCUACGCACUCGACCUCAAGGUCUGGGGCUUUGCGUGCCUCUUCGGACUUACUACGACCUGCACCUAUGCGAUUGCCUAUUUCUUGCCCAUCAUUCUGAACGUGGGUAUGGGAUUCAACGUGGCCGCAUCCCAGUGCCUCGUCGCACCUCCCUACGUCCUUGCCGCCAUUGUCAUGUUCGCCUUUGCCUACUACGGCGACAAGUGGCAUCUCCGCAGCCCGUUCAUCAUCUUCAACGGCUGCCUGUGCUUGCUUGGUCUCGGCCUCCUUGGUUACGUGGAGAACGUUGGCGUUCGAUACUUCGGUGUCUUCCUCGCCACCACGGCCUGCAACGCCAACGUCCCUUGCGUUCUGACUUGGCAAGCCAACAACAUCCGCGGUCAAUGGAAACGUGCCCUCUGCUCGGCCACCCUGGUCGGGUUCGGUGGCAUCGGUGGCAUCAUCGGCGGCACGGUUUUCCGUGAGGACGAUAAGCCAGAGUAUCGGCCAGGCAUCUGGACCUGCAUGAUCGCUUCAUCGUUGAUCGUCUUGAUCACGCUGGCCAUGCAGCUCAAGUUCAAGCGUGCAAAUGCCCGAGCCGAGGCAGGUGGCAAGCCGAUUGAGGGUCUAGUUGGCUUCCGUUAUACGCUCUGA